AUGAUAUUAGAAGAGCAAAGAUUCCUCCAUGAGGAUCUUGAAAGGCUUGAACAAGGUAUCGCUGAUAGAGUAGCUGAAGAUCCAAAGCAGGUUCGGGAACGAUUGAAUCGAGAUCAUCAAAUCGGGCACUUCCUAGACCGAAUUCAAGAUCAGUCCAAACGUUUACUGGACAUAUACAAAGAUGUGGAUGGAGUACGAAGCAAAGAAAUUCAAUCCAUAUCGACGGGCGAACCACUAGAAGAAUUUUACAAACAGCUUGGGGAAAUCAAGGGUUUCCAUCAAAGAUACCCGAAUGAACCUGUUGAGAAUCUCGAAAAGGCUUACAAGAAGAAAGCACCUAUGGAAGGGGAGACUGCUACAUCAGAAAUCGACAACAUGUUCACAGGAGAGGAGGCAUUUGGACGAUUCCUAGAUCUCACUACCAUUCACGAAUUAUUCUUAAAUCUCCCUAAUAUCAAACGUCUUUCCUAUCUACAAUAUCUGGACAAUUUCGAUUCGUUCGCGCCUCCAACAUGUCCCGUGAAACGCCCAGAUAAGAUGACCGAUCAAUACUUCGCGUACGUUGGGGAGCUAGCAAACUAUCUGGAAAGCUUCAUGCGCCGAACAAGGCCAUUGGAGAAUUUGGAUAAAUUGUUUGCGAGCGUUGAGGAAGAUUUCGAAAAGGCAUGGAAAGAUAAUGAUGUUCCUGGAUGGAAACUGGAGAUUACAGCACCCGUGAAUGGAUCAAGUGCAUCUGGAAUAUGGUGCGCAGAUUGUGAGAAGGAGUUCAAGAAUGAAAACGUAUACAAGGGUCAUCUACCAGGAAAGAAGCACGUUCGAGCCGCAGAAGCGCGAGCAGCGCGAAUGGCCGAAACAGGAGAGGACAGCAAUGGUGCCAUACAACCAACAUCAUCCACAGCUCGCCUGAAGGAACGUGCAAUAGCGGACCGAGAAUACAGAGUAAGGCGUCUCGCUGCUGCUAUGACACAAGAGAGAAGUGACACAAGAGUCAACGUCGAACGAAAGCAAGGCAUGACCGAACGUGAACGACAAAUGGAGCUUGAUGCCUUAUUUGCCGAGUCAUCAUCUGCAACACCUCGAGAUGGAGAUUCAGACAGCGAGUCAGACAGUGAUGACAAGGUCUACAACCCAUUGAAGCUGCCGUUGGCCUGGGAUGGUAAACCUAUUCCUUUCUGGCUUUACAAACUCCAUGGACUCGGUGUUGAGUUCAAGUGUGAGAUUUGUGGAAAUUAUGUUUACAUGGGCAGAAGAGCUUUUGAUAAGCAUUUCAAUGAGGCUCGUCACAUUUAUGGUUUGAAGUGCUUGGGCAUUACGAAUACCACAUUAUUCCGCGAGAUCACUGGAAUUGAAGACGCGUUGAAGCUGUGGGAUAAAUUGCAAAGGGAAAAGAAGAAGGGAAAGACCGAAGAAACUGGUGUUGUUCAAAUGGAGGAUGCAGAGGGAAAUGUUAUGCCUGAGAAGGUUUACUACGAUUUACAAAAGCAAGGCUUGCUAUAG